AUGGCGAUGGAGAUGAGGCUCCCGGUGGCUCGCAAGCCUCUUAGCGAGAGUCUGGGCCGCGAGACUAAGAAACACCUGGUGGUGCCGGGGGACACCAUCACCACGGACACGGGCUUCAUGCGGGGCCACGGAACUUACAUGGGGGAAGAGAAACUUAUUGCAUCCGUGGCCGGUUCUGUGGAAAGAGUAAACAAGUUGAUCUGUGUGAAAGCUUUGAAAACCAGAUACAAUGGUGAAGUAGGCGACAUCGUGGUGGGGAGGAUCACAGAGGUUCAGCAGAAGAGGUGGAAGGUGGAGACGAACUCCAGGCUGGAUUCCGUCUUGCUUCUGUCUUCCAUGAACCUUCCAGGAGGAGAGCUGAGGAGGAGAUCUGCAGAAGACGAGCUGGCCAUGAGGGGCUUCCUGCAGGAAGGGGACCUCAUCAGUGCUGAGGUGCAGGCAGUGUUCUCUGAUGGAGCCGUUUCCCUGCACACAAGGAGUCUGAAAUACGGAAAACUAGGUCAGGGUGUUCUGGUCCAGGUGUCCCCCUCCCUGGUGAAGCGGCAGAAGACUCACUUCCAUGACUUGCCUUGUGGUGCCUCAGUGAUUCUGGGUAACAACGGCUUCAUCUGGAUCUACCCUACCCCUGAGCACAAAGAAGAGGAUGCAGGGGGCUUCAUUGCAAACCUGGAGCCGGUCUCCCUCACUGAUCGAGAGGUGAUCUCCCGGCUUCGGAACUGUAUCGUCUCGCUGGUAACGCAGAGGAUGAUGCUCUAUGAUACCAGCAUCCUGUAUUGCUACGAGGCAUCCCUUCCACAUCAGAUUAAAGACAUCUUAAAGCCAGAAAUAAUGGAAGAAAUUGUGAUGGAAACGCGUCAGAGACUUUUAGAACAAGAGGGAUAA